AUGAGUAGAAUUUUGUGGAAUCCACUCUUUUCAAACUCCAUAACAACAAUUUCUAGAAAAACCUGUAAUAAAUCAAUUUGUUCGUAUAAUACAUGGAAUAAGACAUGUAAAUAUAAAUAUGUAAUUUUAUCUAGUUCUUAUAAGGACCAGAGAAAAAAUCCUGUGCAAUGUCAAUUUUAUAAAAAAACAGAUAGUAAAUAUAUACAUACAUCUCCAACUAGAUAUACAAAGGACCCAUAUUCCGUACUUGGAGUUAGUAGAAAUGCUUCAAACGAAGAAAUAAAAAGAAAAUUCAGAGAACUGGCCAAGAAAUACCAUCCAGAUUUGAACCCAUCACCUGAUGCUAAGCAGAAAAUGGCUCAAAUAACAAGCGCAUAUGAAUUGUUAUCGGAUCCUAAAAAGAGAAAAAUUUAUGAUCAAACUGGUAUGCAAACGGACGAUCCGGGAUUCGACCCUUCAGCUGGGGGAUUUGGAGGAUUUUCUGGCUUUGGAGAUUCAUCGUUCAUGUUCACAGAUUUUGCAGAAAUGUUCUCCAGAAUGGCUUCCGGAACCGGAGCAGGUUCAACAUUUACAGGAUCCUCAAGAGGAGAAGAUAUACAGACUGAAAUAACAAUUAGUUUUAUGGAAGCAAUUCGAGGUUGUACUAAGAAUAUAACCGUACCAGCAAGAGUCUCAUGUAAUGAAUGCCAUGGGUUAGGAAGACAACCAGGAACUUCAGUGGAUGUUUGUAAAGUAUGUAAUGGAACAGGAGUUCAAAGAAUGGAGAGGGGACCAAUUAUAAUAGGAGUACCGUGUAGAACAUGUAACGGUAGUGGACAAGUAGUACCACACCCAUGUAAAGCUUGUGGUGGCUCGGGAGAUCGAGCCCAGACAAAAUCAGUCAGUGUAGAUUUACCCCCAGGUGUAAGAAAUGGAAUGCAAAUGAGAAUCCCAAAUCAAGGCCACGUCGGAGUUAGGGGUGGCAAAAGUGGUCACCUAUUUGUCAAUAUAAACAUACAACCACAUCACAUAUUCAAGUGGAUUGAUGAUGAUAUACAUGUAAACGUUCCAAUAUCGCUGAAACAAUGUCUAUUGGGAGGUAAUAUAUCUAUUCCAACACUAGAUGGGUCAACUACAGUUUCACUGGCACCAAACUCACAGCCAUUUUUCGUUAAAACUUUGAAGAAUAAAGGUCCCCCGAAGGUAGAUAGCAGAAAUAAUGGAAACUUGAUAAUACACUUCGAACUCAAACUACCAGAAGUUCUAACAGCUAAACAAAAGGAACUGAUUGAACAAUUUGAUAAAGAUACAAUUAGCGAAACAAAGCACAAAAAUGAAAAUUUCACCAACGAAGAUUCCUGCAAAUGGUGGAAAAGAGUCGUUUCUAACAAAUACUAG